AUGAAUCGCGCACGCGCACCUAGCGCGUCCGGCCCGACGCAAGACAACGUCGUCAUCGAGGUCCUGCCGUUGUGCGGACAUCGGUGCGGCGCGUCUGUUGUCGCAGCCGUGCUGUCUCGGACCGUGCGCGUCUCAGUCGGCGAUGAUUCAGUUUCGGGCACUCGCAGGACCCGUCUUGAAACACGGACCAAGGAGUCUAGCAUGCGCGCUCUGAGCAGAGAUAGCUGGGACCCGAAAGAUGGUGAACUAUGCCUGGUCAGGUCGAAGUCAGGGGAAACCCUGAUGGAGGACCGUAGCGAUUCUGACGUGCAAAUCGAUCGUCGGAACUGGGACGUGCGCGGCGGAGAGCGCAGAAGGGUCUGGGCGCGAGCCCGCCUGGAGCCUCCGUCGGUGCAGAUCUUGGUGGUAGUAGCAAAUACUCCAGCGAGGCCCUGGAGGACUGACCGGAACCGUUUCAAUAAUCGUUCCCUCGUUUCAAAGCGAGUGUUCGACGGGGUAACCCAAAGUGGCCUGAAGACGCCGCCGAGGGGUCCGGGAAGAGUUUUCUUUUUCUGCCUGAGCGUUCGAGUUCCAUGGAAUCCUAUAGAAGGGAGAUAUGGUUCGGAACGCGAAGAGCACCGCAUUUGCGGCGGUGUCCGGAUACUCUCUGCGGACCUUGAAAAUUCAGGGAUUGGCUCUGAGGACCGGGGCGUGUCGGGUUUGGACGGGAAGCGGAUGCGGCCGGUGCCGGGCCUGGUCGAUGCUCGUGCGUCUCUCGGGGCGUGCGGGCUGAAUCCGGACCCGCGUUCCGGCCUUCCGCGGAUCUUCCUAGCCGUAAGGUCGCGCCUUUUUCGUUUCGUGCGCGAUCGAUCGCGCGCGCCUGUACGACCGCCGUUCAACGGUCAGCUCAGAACUGGCACGGACAAGGGGAAUCCGACUGUC